GCUCCAGUCCCCGCAUUUUAAAGACGUCUACAACCAGCGGCUGGUGGAUUUGACGCGCCUCUCUCCGUCAUCCCCCCUCCUGAUGUCUGAUCUCGUUUCGGCACACAACAGGAAAAAAGUGGACGUUAAAUCCCGCUGAACCACUGCUGGGUUUAAAAACGCCGACAGUGGACAGGAGGAUAAAGGAAACCGAUUUCUCAUUCCCCGCCGGGGGACCGCGGUUUUGUGUCGCUUGACCACACGUGGAUAUCCAGGGGCUUUGAGGCGCAGACCGUGAGAUGCUGAAGACAGACUUUUUUAAAAGUGCCCUCGUGCCUCUGUGACCACAGCGUGAGACGCCUGUGGAAAAAAAGGCUGAAGUUUUAGAUUUGUGAGACUUCAAUAAAGCACGGAUCAGCAUUAAAAAAGUGAAGAGAAAGAGGAGGAGAAAAGUGAAGGGCUUGGCCCGGAAAGUUAAUUAACAUUACCUGAGAACCAAAAAUAGAUACAGGCGGUGGUUUUUUUUUCUGGUUAAAGGUGUUCCAUCAACCAGCAAAAUUUCGCCCAAAAGCAGACAAGAGGACCGUCCUGCGCUGACGAGACUUGUCGGCAGGAAGCGGCUGAUUGCGGCAGGGGUGGUCGGAGUCAUCAUGGUGUUGGUGCUGGUGGUUCUGAUACCGGUUUUGGUAAACUCUGCUGGGACCGCCGCGCACUACGAGAUGCUCGGCACCUGCCGGAUGGUGUGCGAUCCAUACGGGACUAAAUCGCCCACCAGCACCGCCACGGCGGACACCGUGCGGGAUAGCAGCCUCAUCCAGUCUUUACCGACUUUCAUUCAGGGUCCGAAAGGGGAACCCGGGCGUCCCGGGAAGGCUGGCCCGAGGGGUCCUGCGGGUGAGCCAGGGCCGCCCGGUCCUGCGGGUCCGCCUGGGGAGAAAGGAGAGCCCGGGCGACCUGGAUUACCUGGGCCGCCAGGACCCAAUGCCGCAGCGGGUGCAAUCAGCGCAGCUACCUACAGCACCGUGCCAAAAAUCGCGUUCUACGCCGGACUUAAAAAGCAGCACGAGGGCUAUGAGCUUUUGAAAUUCGACGAUGUGGUCACAAACCUGGGCAAUCACUACGACCCAACGACGGGGAAAUUCACAUGCUCCAUUCCCGGGAUUUACUACUUCACGUACCACGUCCUGAUGCGUGGAGGGGACGGCACCAGCAUGUGGGCUGACCUUUGUAAAAACAACCAGGUGCGAGCCAGUGCCAUCGCGCAGGACGCGGACCAGAACUACGACUACGCCAGCAACAGCGCCGUGCUGCACCUGGAGCCCGGCGACGAGGUCUACAUCAAGCUGGACGGGGGCAAGGCCCACGGGGGCAACAACAACAAAGGAAACAACAAGUACAGCACCUUCUCCAGGUUCAUCAUCUACGCCGACGAGGACACACCUCUGAAGCCUGACCCCUGGCCCCAGACCUCUGAUCCCCACACCCCUCACCCUCCCGGAGGAAAUGACAACAAGUGCAGCACCGUCUCCGGGUUCAUCAUCUACGCCGACUAGGACACUCCUCUGACCUCUGACCCCUGGGCCCUGACUGGUCCGAUCCCCGCACCCCUCACCCAGCCCCUACCUGUCCUGUCCCGGCCCCCUUCCUUGAACGCUUCCCAUCGAUUUUCGGUUAAUUAAAUAAUAAAUUUACUGAAUUAUUUAUUGGCACCAUCUUCCUGUGGUAUAUAGGGUCCUGCCCUAGCGCCCCCUUUCCCACAUCCUAAUCUGAACGUGAACCCUAAUCCCCCCACUCCAUGUUUUUGGCAGUGUAGGAUGAAUAAUUGAGCAGGGGGUGGGGCACCAAUCGAUUGAAAAACAAACAACAGGAAAAGGGAACCAAGUGCACCUGGGGGACACCUGUAAACCCUGUACUCAGACGGCUCCAAUGUAUGCUGUGUGUCGGGCUGCUGAGUGAGAGAAAUCUGAAAGCAGCAAAGUCAUUCAACAGGAGCUGAGUGCACGAUACAGAGAGAGAGAGAGAGAGAG